CAUAAUUAUUCAGCUGCGUUGAUCGUGGUUGUCAUUAAUGAGGCAAGCACUAAAAACACGCGAGGUUAUUAUCAAUAAGGGUGAAGCUGACACCCCCCAAAAGAAAAAAGCAGCUUUUGUCUUUCAGAGUUUGUCAUAUAUGGGUCAAAUUAUUAUCUGUUAAUGGCUUUCACGUGUUAUGCUCACAUUCUUAAAGUCACACAGCUAAUUUUUUCUAACCUUUUUCAGUUUUCUAAUUCAGUAAAAUAAAAAUAAAAAGAGGUAGCGGGAGAUGAUUGUGCAGUUUAUAUUGAAGUGAUCCAAAUUUUAAGAAGUGUAAAGCAGCCUGGGCACUUCUCAUUUCUCCCAAAUACUGCUGGUUGUUGACCAAUGUCUGUGGCUAUCAUGUGGUCUGCUUUUGUUUGUCAGAAAACAGACGAUGUAUUCAGCAAUACAAAUGUUUCUUCACACUUUUACAGUCAUGAAUGCAGACAUUUUGAAAAUAUCCCCAUCACUCCUGUUCCUUUAAAUCUUUAAAGUCAACACUUCAUGCAGGAAGGGCACAGUGCACACUGUACAGUUUCGAAUGUGUUUGAAUUAACUUUGGAAGAAAUGUUUUUAAAGCAGAUGAACAUGUCUUGUGUGUAGGUUGUUUUGAAGUUUACUCUGGUAAAAGUGGAAUUCAGUGUUUUCAAGUUUACUACUUUAACAACAUCUUUAACUUGUUUUGGUAAUUGAAAAUGAAAAUGUGUUUUUGCUUUUGUUUUUCUGGCCUUCUCUGAAGCUCAAGAGUGAACUUCUUUUCUUAAAGAGCAUUUGAAUUAUUCUCAGUUUGUUUCUCAGUGUUGUUUGUGUUUAAACUUUUUCAAGGAAAACAUAUCUCUCAUAAUCAUGCUGGCUAAAUUAAGUUUUCACAAAAAACAGCUGGAUGUUUGAUGUAAAGACGUCAGUUUCAUUCAGAAGAAAAGGACAAAGGAACAUUUCUUUUAGAAAUAUGAAUUUUACUUGCCUAUUAAAGAAAACAAAGGCUUCUGUUGCCAUAUCAAUCAGAUAUACACACAUUCACAGGAAAAAAAAUCCUAGAAUUUAUUAAGUGGAGAUUGAAUCAUUUAAAUGAGGAUUAAUUUCUGCUGCAUAAACAAUAAACAACAGGACAGUAUGGCCACCACUGUUGCUGUCAGUCCCAGUGAAUACCUUCAGCCCUCUACCACUUCUACACAAGACACCCAGCCCUCUCCUCUAGCCCUCCUGGCUGCCACCUGCAGUAAAAUUGGCCCUCCUGCUGCUCAGACCCCCAUCACCUCUCCUCCAGCGCAGCCACAACCUCGCAGACUUCUUCCCAUAAAGCCAGCUCCUAUCGCCCCUGCUCCACCCAAAAACCUGGGUUUCCUUUCCACCAAGGGGAAUGUUAUCCAGCUUCCUGCCAGUUUGGGCUCCACAGCCCCCGGCAGCCCCAUCGUCCUCACCAUCCAGCAGAGCCCUGCCCGCACCAACACCUCUGGCCCCACCAAUAUCCAGUACCAGGUGGUGCCACAGAUCCAGGGUCCCCAGACUAUUCAGGUGAUGCCACAGGGAGGCCAGAUCCAGCUUAUACCAGGUACCAACCAGGCCUUCAUCACCACUCCUAUGACUGUACCGGGCCCAGCUACAGCCGCCACCCCCAUCACGCCGCAGAAGACUGUAGCUAUCAAGCCUUCUCUUAAAGUACGGAAACCGAACAACACAGCGGCAAAUAUGGUGCAGUUGCCAAGUGGGCUCACGCUUCCUCUCAAUGUGGCUACCGGGGAGGUGGGAGGGACUCCCAUCGUCACGGAGAUGGCAGCUGCCCCUCCCACCCCUGAAAAAGGAAGGCGAGGGAGGAAGAAGAAAGUGGUUCUGCCUGCUGAACCUCCACCUUCUGCUCCCACACAAGCUGCCUCCCCACCUCCAGAGCAGAUGGAAACCAUAGUCAUAGAAGCUGGUGACAACAUCAUACAGGCAGGGAACAACUUGCUGAUUGUGCAGAGUCCUGGGCAGCCAGCUAUGGUGCAACAGGUCCAGUUGGUCCAGCCUAAGCCAGACACUCAUCUGGUUCAGAUCCCUCAGCAGGCCUUGAAGGUCGUUCAGGCUGCCUCUGCUACAUUGCCACCCGUCCCACAGAGACAGUCUGUCUCUUCGGGUCUGCAGGUCUCUUCAACAGACCAGUCACCAACACAGAUCCUCUUUAAAACGACAUCGGGUGAGUGGCAGUCAGUCAAUCUUCAAGACUCCGUCUCCACGACAACAAGCCCCGUCACCUCUGUUGCCCCAGCCACUACAACGCCGCCGGCCGGCACCAAGAGGACACAGACAGGGGGCAGAAAGGAGCGGACUCUGGCCAAGAUUGCCCCCGCAGGUGGAAUGAUUGCUUUCAACACCCCACAGCUCUCCUCAGCGUCUCAAGCAGUGCAGACUAUCAGCAUCAAUGGGGUUCAAGUUCAAGGAGUUCCUGUUACUAUCACCAACGCAGGGGGCCAGCAGCAUCUCACCGUGCAGACGAUGCAGGGCGGAGGGCUCCAGCUGGCGGCGGCACAAGGCCAACCUACCAUCCAGGUAGACCAGGCCCUCAUGCUAGAGCUGCCUAGUCAGCCAGGAGAGAAAAAACGACGCAUGGCCUGUACCUGCCCAAACUGUAAAGAUGCAGACAAGAGGCCUGGAGAGGUGGGGAAAAGAAAACACAUCUGCCAUGUCCCUGGCUGCGAGAAAACGUUCAGGAAAACGUCGCUGCUCAGAGCUCACGUCCGAUUACACACAGGAGAAAGGCCCUUCGUUUGCAACUGGGUGUUCUGUGGGAAACGAUUCACGCGCAGCGACGAGCUGCAGAGGCACGCAAGGACACACACAGGAGACAAGCGCUUCGAGUGCAGCCAGUGUCAGAAACGCUUCAUGAGGAGCGACCACCUGACGAAGCAUUACAAGACUCAUAUAAACACCAAGAACCUGUGAGCAGACAUGACCACAUUUUACUGAAACCAGCUCACAGAACUGAGUUACAGGAAGGUGUGACAGAAGAGGGGGCGGGGGUGACUUCUACGGUACGGGGAGAUGCUCCAAUUAAAGCCCCGAUGAUCCCUCUCACUCCUCCAGGACGCCGUUGUAGCGUGGUGUACAGAGAAAUCCUUCCACGUGGACUUCAGACUCAUCCAGCAAAGUUAUUAAUAGUUUAUUUAUGUUCUUUUUCUCUUUUUUUAUUUGGUCUUAAAGUCCAGAAACGGCUAUGGCUGAAAUUGAAGGCGUGUUUUCAGACACUCUGUUGAAUUAUGAACUUCUAUGAAGGAAGAAUGAGCACAAAUUUAUCCAGACAUCAACACCCGAGACUCUGAAACUCACUGACAGUUAAAUUCGUCAGAAAUUUAUUUUAAUUAUGGAAAAAUUAUUUCCUCUUAUUUUUCUCAUGAAUAAAUAACCCUUUAAAAAGAUUGAAUUAAAUGUACAUCUGCUGUCAGGAGAGCUUGAGAUUCAGCGCCAGGUAGAAAGCAGCCGGCUGAAAUUCAGCGUGUAGAUACAAGGUGGAAAUAAAGAGCCUGAAGUUGGCUUUGAGGUACUGCUGAGACCGGACGGCAGCAGGUUGCGCUCUCAGCGGGGUCACACGGAGGCACGAUGCUUUAAAAGUUUGCCUUAGAAUUUAAAAAACCAUCUAUGUGGAAAUGUGUGGACUUUUUUUUUUAUAACUAAAGAGGGCUUGUUGAUCCGGUUCUCUCAUGUUUGACACAAUCAUUUCUCCCAAACUGUAAUAAUAAACAUAAUUGAUUUAGGGAGGAAAAUGUUUUGGAAAAAGGUCAAAGCUGUGCUGAGUCUCUGAGUGUUUACGAUUAAAUUGAUUAGAAUAUUAGUGAUCAAAGACGUACAUAACCAGCUCAACUUCUGUCCCCCUGUGAGGCGUAAACCUGCUGCUACAUAACUGGUUUGCAACUUCAGAUACCACAACAGGUACGUUUAUUUUCAGGGCUGGGUAUCACUUUCCAUGGUACACUGAUGUCCUGCAGGACAUUUCAUUUUCCUACUUAAAUGUCCUACAUUCAGGAUAUCAGUGUAACAAUCAUGAAGGUAAUUCCUUCAUCUCAAACUACUUAUUGAACUGACUAACCACAGCGGUUAGUUAUUGGCACAACAUGCGGGUAACGUGUCAUGUGUCAGGCGUCUGAUGACGUCUAAAUGUGUACAGGAUGAGGAAGAGGACCGUUUAGAUACAACUGUCACUGAAACAGAACAUCAUUCAUGGUUCAGACAUUUUUAUUUGUUUUAUAGUUUAUCACUUUGUUAGAGAUCAUGUUAAAUAAAUACUCAACCCUUGAACAGAUGUACGUGCACAUUAAAGAGUUAAAAAGUAUUUAGUGUUUAUUGCACAACAUGCUGUUCUUUAACAAGAUGAUUAACCACAAAAAAGAGCCAUCUGAACCAUGAAUGGAGCACUUGAGAUGAAGGAAAUACCUCCGCAUGAUUCUAUUUAAAUGUCCCACAGUCAGGAAAUGGUAUCAGUGUAGCAUCAGCUUAUUACAUUUUGUGUAAAUUUCAGCCAAAAGUUGACUCUCCCUGACGUUUUUUAAGUGGUGGGUAUUAACUCACUGUGUUUUAUUUGUAGGAAAUGGUCAGAAUAAAUCAGUAAAGAAAUAAAAUGAGUAAAUUAGAUAUGAUUCCAGCCCUGUUUACUCGUCAUGUCCUGAUGGAAAGGACAAGGAAAAUUCCAGGGUUCUUUUAUUCUGUUUUACUGUGUUGGUGAUUUAUGGCCUACACAUCUGUGCAUGUGAUUGGAUUUUUUAUUAUUUGGCCUGAGAUGACAGUCAUGUCUCAAGAUGCAACAAUGAAAGAAGAAACCUUACAUCACCCUCCCCUCCCCCGCCUGCUAUAUGAUAGCUUUACUUCUGAAUUAAUGCUUGAGACGUCUCUGGGCCGUGUGUACAGUCUUCUUUACAGAAAUACUGUUUGGAUCCAUUUCAAUAUGAUGUGCUCUUUUAUUUUUAACCAGCAUCUCAUAAAUCAGUUUUAAGCCUGGUGUUCUGAGUUUCCUGUGUUUAAAAAGAUUCACCAAACUUAUAUUUUACAAGUCUUUUGGUCAAAUUUAGCUUGGUGCCAUCAGAUCAGGACUUUUACCUUUUACUAAGGUUCGUUUUAAUAAUACAGCACUGCCUCACAGAAACCUUUGCACGCCGCAGAGAAAUUUGACCAAAAAGCUGAUUUUUUAAAACACAUUGAUACGAUUUCCUGUAAAUGCUUCACAGCGGCAACAGAUAAUGUAAAGUUACGGUGGCCAAUAUUUGGUGUAUGUUUUUAAAGAAAGUGUCUGAAGACAUGCAACGCCAUUGGGAAUGAUGGAAAAAUUCAUAUUUAUGUUGUCAUGUUUGAACAUGUAAAUACAGCGUGUCUGUUGGACACUAUAUGUAGGAUAAUAAAUAAAAGAAAAAAACAAAAACAGUUAAGCUGCAUAGAUUGGUUGGCAUAGCCGGCCUGGAAGGAAAGGACUUUGUACAGUUUGUAAGAAAUAAAAUAUAAUGUGACCUUG